CGAGCGGCUCUUGGCCUGCUCCAUCUUCCAGAACCACCCCCCCCCCAUCGGGUGUCAACUUCAAUUUGAUCGUCGGGCGGUCUGAUUGUCCCCCCUCCCGCUGCUGGUCAAAUUACCCCGGGAACCUUCUCCGUCUACUAUCUUCACGCUCUUUCGUCUUUGCUGGGGAAGCGGUCCACGCUCCUAAAAACUGAGGGGUAGAUUAUCCUGAAUGGUUCGUGCACCCUCUCGAAAGGGGGAUGAUCGGAUGAUCUGGCCGCCGCUACCAACCACCAUCGUCGACGCGGCAGCUCGUGGAAAGUCGUCAACUCGAACACUCUGACAUCAUUCUAUCCACCAUUUACUACCACGGCCUCGCUGGAGCUGACUCUAAGAGCCAAGCUGUCACUGUCAAAUAAUGUGAUACUCCUUGCCAUUUCCUGACUCUUGGUCCCUCGUCCCCAAAUUGCUCUUCUUGAAUUCCCAAUCGCUCCCCCGCCCAUGCUUCAUCCACUCCCGUCCGUUCUGUCUCGGAUCUUUCUCGUGGACUCGUGGAACCGCCUGGGCCCCUUCAUCACAAAACAUUAUUAAAGUGCGAUCGGUCCAAUCACAUCGCAGAUCGUACUCUGGUGCUCCGGAAGGAACAAAAAGCUGCCCACCAUCUUUCACAUCGUGGCGAAACGGCCUCAAAUCCAGCUUCCCCCAUAAGCCAAGCUCAUUGGUAGCCUGCCGAUUCGACCAAGCUCUCGUUGGAUUUACCCUGGAUGAUCACAUUACCUGCAUUCUUAUUUUAUUUUUUUUGUUUCGUUUUCCAUAUGGUCGUAUCGUCGUCCUCAUAACUGACAAAAUUGUUUAAUUUCCACAGUGUCGGGUCCCCUUGCAGCCUUGUACAACACGCAGGGCACACUUCCUUCUUCCGCCCCAAAAAGUGAGCAGGCCCUAUGGGAGAUGAUCAUUUACAUUCGAUCCUUGAAGCACAUUGAAUCUUCAGUGGGGAUAUCGAGAACACUCUUCUAAGCCACACAUAGCACUCCGCUUGUUGAAAUCCCCCCCCCGGUUAAGUUCCACGGCUGUUACCAGGACGCUCUUGCCCCGCCAGCCUUUCUUCGCCCUCUAGGCCUGUCAAUAUCGGCAGCCUUUGCCCCCGGACCCUCCACCAUGAGUAACUCAAGCAACAUGAACACGCUCUCCCCCGACGAGAUGCAGCGCUUCCAGAAGCUGUCCAAUGAAUUCGAGCCGGAUGUACCGGGACUGCUGGUCUCCCCGAAACAAUCAAGUCACAACAUCGCCUUGGAGUAUGCUAAUGCAGACCCUGCCUUUGCUACAAAAACAUCCGCACUUGCCGUCACACACCCUAUGAGUCGCACUAUGAAGGGUGAUGGAAACUGUGGUUGGCGAGCUGUGGCUUUUGGCUACUUUGAAACCCUCUUUUCUCUUCGAGACAUGCUGCGCGUAGAGCAAGAGCUCGCUCGCAUCAAGUCUCUCACUUACACUCUGGAUCGCGUUGGCUACGCCGAACAUCUAUAUGAGAUGUUCAUUGAUGCCACGGAAGAGGUCUUUGCGCAGACUUCGGAAGCUAUCCAGAAUGGCGAUCAGGACGAGUCUUUCCUCGUCAAUGCCUUCAAUAACGAAUACAAAUCAAAUUCUAUCCUAAUGCACUUCAGACUUUUGACCAGCGCCUGGAUGAAGCUCAACGCAGUUCGAUACCAAGCAUUCUUGCCUGUCCCAUUGGAACAGUAUUGUGCCUCGGAGAUUGACACAGUGAGGACCGAAAUUGACGAAGUCGGCUUGCAAGCCUUGGUCGACGGUGUCAUUCAGGGUGCUGGGUUUGGAGUUGAGAUUCUCUAUCUCGACCGAAGUGAGGGAGACGCCGUGACACCACACCAACUUUCACCAACUUGCCCCAGUGAUGCAACAAUCCGUCUGCUAUACCGACCUGGCCACUAUGAUAUCAUCUACCGCGCCGAACAGACUGUGAAUACAGCACCCGUGGUCAACUAUCAAUAUGCAAUGACUUCUAACUAUUCUCCCUGGGACCAAGGUGCUCUCUCCUUCGACGUCAACUCCCAUUUGAUGUCUAUCCCCAACUUGAUGGCCGACCCGGCAUUCGGUAUGGGCGGUGCCCCCAUGUCGCCAAUCCCUUCGGUCUCGCCCACUCCAGCAAGCCCAUACCGACUCUCACCUACCCAGGAUAUGUACCAGUCCCCCAUGCAGAGCCAUGCUCCGGUUCCAUCCAUACCAGUGUCUUCGCCUCCGUCUGCCAUGCCGUCUGCGGCGCCCCCGCCCAUGACCUCUCUUCCAAGUCGGUCAUCUGAUGGGCCUCAGAUUCGCUUGAAUCCCUUGGUGAUGAAACCCAAUUUGAAUCACCUACCAGUGACGGCACCUUUUAAAAAUUCGCCGUACAACCAGGCCCAUUUCCGGAACCAAGAUUUCGAGCCGAUUCAUUGGGAACCGAACGAGAAUCGCAGAUGAUGAUGACGAAGCUACGAACUCCAUUCAAAAAGGAAAACGCGACAAUGAUCCCGCUAGGAAUGUCCUCUUUCUUACUCUUUUCCUCAUGUGUUUUUUGCAUGUGGUGUGCAUGAGACCUGGACUUGGCGUCUUGCUGCUUUUUGCUCCCUGGUCUUUCAUUUUCUCUUGUUUUUCAGCCGCCCCAUUCCUCUUUCCAUCCAAGCUGACCCCUGGACGUACGUCCCACCUCCAGUCUUGGUCAUUUGACUCCGAAACAUUCUAGCUUUUCCCUCUUCCUUUCUGACCGGCCUUUCUUGAUGACUGUCUUUUUAGCGUGGUGUCCAGCGCGUUGCAUGGACGGUCCGAGCGUUUGUCUUGCUCCUUGAUUCUUCCACAGUUCCAAACUUCUAAAUUGUUUUUCCAAGGAUGGUUCCAUCCAAAGGCACUUGCAUUCUAUGUUCUCCCCUCGAGCUCUAAAGCAAACCUGCAAGUUUAGCAGAGAAAAAUUUCAGCUCAAAUAUACAAAGUUCACACUUCUGGUGGUUUUAUGAUUGAAUAUAAUAUACA